AUGAAGUUUUUAACAUUUCUCUGCUUCCUUCUUUUGGGCCUCCUUUCCUUUCACGAUGUCACAAGUACCAAGGAUAUUCCAGCCCAACAGGCUGACACUCCCCUAACUCCACUGAACAAAUUCGACAAGUACUUUCUACGCAUGUACAACAAAACCUCUAGAUUACAACAAGGCGCAGGGGGCUACGUAAAUGGAGUUAACAUGAAGAAUACCGUUUUCAUUUUGUACUUUUUCGCAAAAUGGUGCCACGCUUGUAAAAUGCAGGGAAGCGAAAUGGAGAAACUGGAAAAGUACUACGGCAAGCGAAUAUACAUUUUGAAGGUGGACAUAGACCAAAACGAAGCAAUGGCCAGAAAAUUCGCCGUCAAGUCUCUACCUACAAUUAUCAUCAUGAAAAAUAAGGCAGUACUGGCGAGGAAAGAUCACUACGUCACGAGUAACGAUUUGGUGUCUCUCGUAAGAAAACAUUUAUGA